GCUUUAGGAAGUGGUUUCACUUGGCCAAUUCCUGGAGUGACAGUAGAAGUGAGCCAAAAGGCCCCAACUCCAAGGCGCAAACUUUCAACGACCAUACCAAUCACAAGGUGCUCUAGGGUUUCAACAACAACAUAAACCCGACAAAUUAUCCAAGCUUGAGGACCUAGUGAACACCUUUGUGAGUACGAGUAGCCAAAAGUUCGAAAAAAUAGAGCAAUUCAUGGAUGUGGCGACCACCAAGUUUACCUCGGUUGAGCCGGGUCUUCAAAGCCAUCAAACGAGCCUUCAAAGCUUGGAAGUGCAAAUUGGCAACCUUGCCGGUAUCCUCACCGAGAGACCCAAGGGACCCUUGCCUUCCCAAAGCAUGGCGAAUCCCAAUCAAGCCGGGGUGAAUGCACUUCAAGUGAGGAGUGUGAAGGUGGUUCCGGAAGUUGCCACUAAUGAAGUGGUGGAUAAUGAGGAUUCCAACAAGGAAGAAACAAUCCCGAAAAAGGGAGAGAGGAAGGCGGCAAGGAAGGCAUUGUCGAAGGAUGGAUACGUGCCACCUCUUCCUUAUUCCACAAGGAUGUACAAGGAGAGGGUGGACAACGAUUGUGGAGGGUUCAUGGAAAUGCUACGCAACCUCCACCUCAACAUCCCAUUCCUCAAAGCCAUGGCGCAAAUGCCAAGAUAUGCCAAGUACGUCAAAGGAUUCCUCAUCAAUAAGCCAAAGCUUGAAGGCCUUGCCAGCGUGACUCUUGGCGAGGAGUGCUCGGCUUUCCUCCUCGACCGCUUGCCCAAAAAGCGGUCCGCCCCAGGUAGCUUUACUAUCCCUCUUGAUAUUGGUGAUCACCAUAUAGACAAUGCCUUGGCGGAAUUAGGAGCUAGUGUGAAUGUGAUGACGUACAAGCUUUUCAAAAAGUUAGGAGUAGGUGAACUUAAGACCUCUAAGCUUAGCAUCACCUUAGCUGACUGUUCGGUCAUUAGCUUGAGAGGUAUAGUGGAGGACAUGAUGGUGAGAGUGGGUAAGUUUUGCUAUCCGACCGAUUUCGUGAUUCUCGACAUAAGUGAGGACUCAGAUAUGCCCCUCAUCCUCGGUCGUCCCUUUCUUGCAACCGCCAAGGAAUUGAUAGACGUAAAUGAGGGAACCCUAAUUUUGAGGGAUGGUAAUGAGAGAAUCAACCUUGAAAUUGAUCCUAGGGUGAGGAGUGAUGAAGUGAAGGGGGUAGUUUCAAAUGAUGUGAAUGAGAGUGGGGGAGAGCCUCCCAAGGCAAACCCCACCGUUACUUGUGUUAUCUUUGAUGAUGUUGAGAAGGAAGUUAAGAAGGGUCUUAAGCCCAAAGGACCAAGAUUGAAUGCUUGGAGAAGAAGGAUGAAGGGAGCUUUGGCCGGGAAGACGGGGAGGGCCAAAGCAAUGUUGGCCAACCAAGAGGGCCAACUCAAGGAACCUAAGAUGGGAGGCUACAAGCCUCGCCCCAAGAGUGUGGCAGAUCCGCUCUCGGUGGCAUCACGUUUGAAGCCGUGAUUGAUCCCCAACCGUCAAGCUAGUGAUGAUAAACAAGCGCUUGUUGG